AUGACAACCGACAACAAUUCAGAAGAAAUUCGUUAUGUGAUAAUUGAUGAAAAUCCGGAAAAUGGAACAUCCGACAGCUUUUCAUUUACAGUAUCCGGAUCGGCAGUCUAUCAUCAAAAUUUGUUAUCACCACAACAACAUCAUUCUCACCUUCAGCAACAGCAACAACAAAUGCUUAAAUACGAUUGUGCCCUUCAAAAUGAAUCGUCAGCUUCAACAUGGGUGGAUAAUUCAUUCAGUAUGCCCGUUUCGAAUAAUACACACUAUUUGGCACGAUGUAGCGUUUGUGAUGCUCUUUUCGAUCUGGAGGAAUAUCUGAACCAUACUAAAAAUUGUCGAUUAGAAAAGUGUUAUAAAUGUGAGGUAUGCGGUAAAGAAUAUAACAAGGAGCAUAAUUUAAAGCUACACCACCUUGGACAGCAUGAUAAAGCAGUGGUUGAAAAUGAUAAGUAUGUAUGUUCCUUCUGUCCAAAAAAGUAUGCUAGAUUAGCUGCCUAUUAUGCUCAUCUUCAAAUCCAUGGCCUAAACGAUUCGCUCAUAUGUACAUUUUGUAAAGAAGAAUUUGAUUUUCAGGCACUUUUGAACAAACACUUACGUCUGCAACAUUGCUAUCCUCGCCUGGGAGAUAUUGCUACUGUUGAAAUAUGCAAGAAAUGUGGUAUUGCUAUCUUCAGCAAAGAAGCAAUGGAUGAACACAAACAGAUACAUCGGAAAAUAAAUAAGACAAUGAAAAGAAAUAAACGGAAACGUGAAUCUGAUCCUGGUGAUAGAACUCAUAAAUGUGAAGCAUGUGGCAAAACUUUUAAAAAGAAGUUUGAAUUGAUGCGACAUUAUGUUGUCCAUACAAAAGAACGUCGUUUUGUUUGUGAAAUUUGUGGAAAGCGGUUCUCCCAAAAAGCUUCGCUGGGACAGCAUACGCUGACUCAUAACGCAUCUACUGCACAAACUCAUAAAUGUUCGCUUUGUGAUGCAACCUUCUCACAAGCUGGGAAUUUGCGUCGUCAUGUUAAACUUUUACAUCCUCCAGAUGUCACAUCACGUCCAGUUUUUCGAUGUCUCAAAUGUACUUGUGUAUUCAAUUCAUUGCAGCCAUUACAAGUGCAUGCUCGAAAACGGCAUCCAGAGCAAGUAGCUUCGAAAAAUUCUACGAUCGCUGAAGAAGGAACUGCUAGUCCACAGAAACAAAACAAAGGACGUAAAUUUUGUUGCUGUUUGUGUAGGAAAGCUUUCGGCAAAACAUCCGAUUUGGUUCGACAUUAUCGAGUACAUAGUGGUGAACGACCAUUUUCAUGUAAUCGAUGUGGCCGAGACUUUAAUUUGAAGUCUUCAUUAAAGUUGCAUAUGGAUAGUCAUGUCCGCGCUGACCAUCCUGAUAAUUACUACACAUGUGCAAGGUGUCCUGUCUGCAUGAAACAGUUAGCAUCAGCACCAUCAUUGCGUCGCCACCUCAAAAUCCAUGAAAGACCGUUGGAACAUUGUGGAGUAUGUUCGCAAAUUUUCCUGAGUAAAAAAGCAUUGGAGCAGCAUCAAAUAGCCUGUUUAACAUCAAAUGCUGAAGUUGGUUCGUCUGGAAGUUUACUAGAACUUUUGCCACCCACUGAAAUUGCCUCUGUAAAUACUGAGCCAGAACGGAAACCUUACAAAUGUCGCACAUGUACGGCAUCAUUUUCAACACUUCGCUGUUUGAAGGAGCAUAUUAAUCGACAUACGGGGAUUAAACCGCAUAUAUGCCGAUUAUGCUAUAAGUCAUUUUACUCUUUAGCCCAGUUAAAAUGUCACAGCGCGAUACAUACCAAUAAGCGACCAUUUAAAUGUUUAACUUGCAACCAAUCAUUCAGGCGCCGUUCUCAACUAAAAGCACAUGCAAGCAAACACCCACGGCCCAGCAGCUUGAUGAAUUUUGAAUCUCUAUCAUGGUCACCUGAUAAUUUAUUUACUAAAAGUGUGCAGGUUGAUAAUGCUCACUUUAGUGAAAAUGACCUUACCAACUUCGACUUUUCGUCUUUGGAUGAUGAUUCAAGAGAGUUAAAUAUUGAUAAUUCAGCUGAGACAUCGUAUUUGAGUAGUUGUUUAAUAUCACAGGAUUGCGAUUUAAUAAAUGGUUUGGCAGUUGAAAAAUCUCAAGAGACCCGUUGUCCAGUGUGCUUUUUUAGUUUCAGUUCAGAUGCUACAUUAUCAACUCAUUUGUACAAUAUGACUUCCGAUCCGCUACACAGUCUUCCUAUCCUAUCAUGUAAUCAUUGCUCAAAAACCUUUUCCGGAUGUAUUGGUCUUGCUGAUCAUUUGCAAGCAUUUCAUCGUGCAAAUCAGCAUGAAGAACGAAGUUUUACCUGUGAUGCAAAUUUCUUAUUGAAAGAAGACCAGCGAUCGCAUGUAUGUGAUGUAUGCGAUCGGCGAUUCAAAAAACCAUCAGAUUUGCUGCGGCAUAAGAGAAUCCACACAGGUGAGAAACCCUUUUCAUGUGGAAUAUGUGAACGGUCGUUCCGUGUUAAGUCGACUUUAUAUCAACACUUGAAAAUACACGAGGAUUUGGGUAAUGCCCGUGAAAUGUGUUCACUAUGUAAGCGAUGCUAUUGUUCUCUGUCAGCUUUACGACAGCAUCUGUAUUUAGCUCAUGCGGAGGAGAAAUCUUUCAAAUGUACGGAUGAAAUAUGCAGCGAACGAUUUAAGACUGCCCGUAGCCGCGAUGCACACGUGAGACAAUUCCAUUCGUACGUAGCUGUUGAUGAUAUUGGUGACGUUACGCCUUCGCUUGCCAUCAAUGAGCAAUUUCAAGCAACUGCGUUACAGCUGGCGCCUGAUCCUAAAAAUGCGGGAUUUGUGCAGCCUUCUUUUAAUUCUGCUUUUUCAUGUAUUGUGAGCAAGGACGUCAAUAGUACAGCAACGCAUCUUGUAUUAAAAGUGCAACCACAUCUGAAUCCACAAACUGUAGAAGUGACAGUUAAUGAAAUUUCUGUUAGCGAUGUGAAUGAAAUAAAUAACUGUGGUGCAAUUGUGAUUCCGAUGCAGAUGUUGCGCUCAUUGUCACCGGAUGGUGUAAUGCUUCGAAUCGCUAUUUCUUAUCCAUUCUUGAAUGCUGGUUCAUUUAUUAUUGUCGACUCUCGGCGCAUGUUUACUUUUUUGUCGCGAAAAGAAACGGACACUAUAAUGGUACCGGUGAAUGCAUCCGUUGAACUUACCAAUUUACCAUUAAGUUUAUAUACAAGUGCGGAAGAUUUCGACUCUUUGACGCAACCACCGACAUUCAUCUCGAAUUGUGUCAUUUGUGACGAAAGUUUCUCUAGUCAAGAAGAAAGUGAUGCACAUUUCAGUAGUGAAGAUCAUGAAACAGCUCAGUUUUUUUCGCUUCCUCAAUUAACGCGCCAUUUGGAUGGAGUAACAACAACAGUAAAUAAUGAUCAUUUUCAGUCGUUCAUGACGGGAAUGGAAGUGUGUAAGCUUUGUUUGGAGCAAUUCCAAGAUCGAGAAUGUCUACUCGCACAUAUUCGUCGGGAACAUGAACGAGACAGUAUUGAUUUGCUUGAUCGCAAUGAUUUGAUGAAUUCCGAUAUGGAGUGUUCAAAAAUGUGUUUUAUUCGAUUCAAAAAUUAUGUUGUUUCAAAUACAUCACUACGGAAGUACUGCGAAUUUUAUUCAAAUUACUGUAUAAAUCUAGUUUUUAUGAAAGAUUUCGAAAAGCUACCACUUGUGGGUUUUUCGAUUUGUUCCGGCACCGAAAUCGUUAGAGAAAAAUUGCAUCCCAGUAAUACAGUGGCCUUCAAGAGUUGGGAUUUACCGGAAAUGCCAUUAUGGGCUAAGAAUACGGUGGAAACAGAUGAUUAUCUCCGAAUACUUUUACGAUUCGAAAAGAGACGCUUGGGUGUCUGUUUUCGUCUCAAUUCAUUGCCACCAUCGUGUUGCGUCUAUUUUGAUUACCUUCCCAAUCAUCCUAUGGAAGAAUUGUAUUUGGCACUGGCAAACCGUGAAAUGUUUAAUGAAAAGGGCAUACCUCUUAUUUCAAUUUUAAAUCCUUUUGAAAUGUUUACUUGGAGAGCGCAAAAGAAACAGAAAGCGGUCGACAACAAAAAACGGGAAGCUAAGCCGUUGGUUGAAAUUGCAACGUCUACGUCCAACAAAGCCACAACACCGACAUGUACAUUUUGCUGGGAACGACCCAUCGAUAUGCUUCUAAUGCCGUGCAAUCAUGCAGUAUGUUGUAAAGAUUGCAAGGAUAAUUACAUAAGCUAUCAACGACAACGAAAUAAAGCAAAAAAUAUGUCAAUGGAAGUUGCAUGCCCAGUUUGUCGGGAAAAAAUUGAAAAUAUUGCACAAAUUUGGUUUCCCAAAAUCUACCGUUGUUUGCUGUGUACAAAUAAUUGUGAUACGAUGUCAGCAGUUGCUGGUGGUAAAGGUGGUUGUGGUUGUGUUAUUGGAUGUUAUGAGAAAGCACGGAAAUUAUGUGAUGAUGGUGGUUCUUGUCCUCAUUGUGACAAACAGCUUAUCGAUGUAUUGCAAAUUUUCAUUCAAGGUGAUCGGGAUUGA